AUGAAGAUAACCCAGUCCAAACUGCCAGACAACACUGCCUUUAAGCAGCAGCAAUUGCCUGCCGUCCGGAUACAAUACUCGCCCAAGAGAGUUCUCUUCUCCUUUUAUGCUAUCGGGAUAUUCUGCACUAGCAUGGGCAUCAUCCUUAUAUUGUCUGCGAAAAGCAUCACAGAAAUAGAGGUUAAUUACACAAAGAUAUGUGCAAAUUGUGCAACCUUGCGGGAAAAUGCCCAUAAUUUCGAGGAAGAAUGCCACUGCUCAAUCCCCUUUACCCUUCCCAAGGCAAUGAAGGGUAAUGUUUAUAUGUACUACAAAUUGUAUGGUUUCUAUCAGAAUCUCCAUCCUUAUAUUCAAUCCAGAAGUAACAAGCAACUGUUGGGUGUGGAUCUGAAGAACGUUGAUGACUGUUAUCCAUUCUAUUCUUAUGACAAUGGGGUCCCCAUUGCUCCUUGUGGUGUGAUUGCCAACAGUAUGUUCAAUGACACCAUUAUUCUUUCUUACAACCGAAACUCAUCUACGCAUAUUCAAGUCCCAAUGCUGAGGAAUGGAAUUACAUGGUGGACAGAUAAAUAUGUCAAGUUUCAGAAUCCAGUUUCUAGCGAUCUUUCUGUUGCAUUUGAAGGAACUGCAAAGCCUCCGAACUGGCGGAAGCCUGUCUAUGAGCUAGAUGAAGAGAAGCCAGAAAACAAUGGUUUCCUCAACGAGGACUUCAUUGUGUGGAUGCGGACAGCGGCCUUUCCCACUUUCAAAAAACUCUACCGUCUCCUCAACAGGACUGGAUAUUUUGUUGAAGGCUUGCCUCCUGGUAAUUAUAGUUUCACUAUAAACUACAACUUUCCAGUCACCAUGUUUCAUGGAAAAAAGGCCAUUGUCCUUACCAAUUUGACAUGGAGUGGAGGCAAGAGCUUCUUCUUAGGCAUUGUUUACACAAUGACAGGAACCAUAACAUGUUUGUCCACCAUUACCAUGACAGUGAUACACUCAAGGAUUAGAAAAAAUGAAAGUGUUACGGCACCAGCAGUAAAAAGCACUGAAGAGUUGACAGAAAACAAAAAUGGACAUUGA